UGACGCUUAAUUACUUCCAUAAUACAUUACUUCAAUGUUGCCAUUCCCUUUUCGUAGAACGGUUAUAAGUUGAUUUGUUACAUACGGACGGAUUGACUAUGGAGGACGAACCGAUGGAACAGGAUGGUUUUGUGCGGAAUGUUGAUGAUAUGAAUAGGUUUCGUCGUUUUUUGGUGUUGGAAAAUUGUACAUCCACCUUCUACAUUGAGGAAAGAAAGUUAGGCGUGGAAGAUGCGCCAAUUGUUUCCAAUCUUUUGCAAGCAGGAAGGGGUGUUGAAGUUGUCAAUGAAAUAAAGAAGUAUAGCAUUGAAGGACGAACACCGAGGCAGCAGGCCAUUGUGUUUUCUCUCGCUGUUUGUGCUCGGAAGGGAGAUCUUGCCACAAAAAGACAAGCAUACAAGGCUUUACCCGAGAUCUGUCGAAUUCCGACUCAUUUGUUUAUGUUUAUUGAGUUCUGCAAGGUGUUGAUUGAAUCUGGCAAAGGUUGGGGUCGUGCCCAUAGGAAUGCCAUAAAACGAUGGUACAAAGAAAAAGAUCCAAGAAAACUUGCCAUAGAUAUCACCAAAUAUCAGAAGCGUGAAGGAUGGUCACACAGGGAUGUUCAAAGGUUAAUGCAUCUUAAGCCAGAAGGAACUGAUGUUUCUGAUGAGUUGUUUGUUAUAAUGAAAUAUGUUGCUUGUGGUUGGCAGAAGCUUUUGAAUUAUUUCUUUCCAAAAGCUGGAAGCAACACAACAACUCCACAUCGUCCUGUUGGACAGAAUUCCAAUGCAGUACUGGAGUUUUUUAAAGCAGUUGAAGAAGUAAAAACAUUGCAAGAGGAGGCAAGAGUGGUUGAACUGAUAAAUCAAUAUAAUCUUGUUAGAGAACAUAUUCCAACACAUUUCCUUAAUUCCAUAGAGAUUUGGAGAGCUCUUGCCCAAAAAAUGCCAAUGACUGCAAUGUUUCGAAAUCUUGGCAAAAUGACUAAGAUUGGACUACUAGACGAACAUUCGGCAUUGAAAAAAAUUUGUGAGAAGUUAUGUGAUCAUCGAUUGUUAGAGAAAGCUCGUAUUCAUCCAUUCAAUGUUUUGGUUACACUAAAAACCUAUGUGGAUGGACAUGGUAAUAGGGGGAAACUGAGAUGGAAGCCAAAGGAAAAAAUUGUUGAUGCACUGGAAAAAGCUUUUUACCAUUCAUUUAAGUUGGUUGAGUCAACCAAAAAGAGAUACAUGUUGGCAUUGGAUGUCAGUCCUUCUAUGUCUUAUACUGGUUGUCUUGGUACGCCAUGUUUAACGCCACUUGUGGCUGCUGCAGCCAUGUCCAUGGUUACAGCUCGGACCGAAAGCGAACAUCAGUUUGUUGCUUUCUCUGAUAAAAUUGUUCCAUUGAUGAUCAGCAGUGACAUGACUUUAGAUGAGGUGAUACAACUUAUGAAAUUGAUGCCAUUGGGAGGAACAGAUUGUGCUCAACCAAUGUUGUAUGCAAUUGAGAACAAUCUAGAGGUUGAUGUUUUUGUCAUAUAUACUGACAGUGAAACAAAAGCUGGGCACAUUGACCCAAGCAAGGCCUUGAAAAUGUAUCGUCAGCGUACUGGUAUUCAAGCAAAACUCAUAGUUGUUGCUAUGACUUCAAAUGGUUUCACGAUUGCUGAUCCAAAUGAUUCUGGAAUGCUUGAUAUUGUUGGCUUUGACUCAGCUGCAUUGCAUGUUAUGAGAGAGUUUGUCUUAGGCUGAAGGAACUGCAAAAGAUUUUUUCACAGAUCUUUUUGUGGAAUAUUACUAUGAAUACAAAUUUGAAAUUUCUGAACAAAUUCUGCCUGUGUAACAGAAUGCAUGAAAUGUUUUUAUAACUUAUUUUAUUGUAUUUAAUACAAAUGUAUGUACUAUGCACUACAACAUUGCUUCAUUUGAAUUGUUAAUUGCAUGAAUUAAUUAUCAGACUAAGCCAGUCGAGAAAAGUGCACUAGAUCGAAGAUUUUAAAACGUUAUCAUAUUGUUUUAUCCAGCUGGCGUGCACAACUUCCUUGUCAUUUGCAUCUAAUUACUUAUGACUUUCUUGAGUUAAUAAAACUAAUUGUUUCAUUAA